GCCGGGGUCGCAUGCCCGUGCACUUGGCUCUGCCCUGGGCUCUUCUCAUGCACCCGUGGGUGCACCUUUUCCUUCUACUCACUUGUCCCGCUCUGCACGUCUUCCCCCUUCUAGUGUGCCCCGGCAUGGACAUCCGGAACAACCUCACCAGGCUGCACGAGCUGGAGAACUGCUCGGUCAUUGAGGGCCACCUGCAGAUACUCUUGAUGUUCAAGACGAGGCCCGAGGAUUUCCGAGACCUCAGUUUCCCCAAACUCAUCAUGAUCACCGAUUACUUGCUGCUCUUCCGGGUCUACGGGUUGGAGAGCCUCAGGGGCCUGUUCCCCAACCUCACGGUCAUCCGGGGCUCCCGCCUCUUCUUCAACUACGCGCUGGUCAUCUUCGAGAUGGUCCACCUGAAGGAGCUCGGGCUGUACAGCCUCAUGAACAUCACCCGGGGGUCCGUGCGCAUCGAGAAAAACAACGAGCUCUGCUACCUGGCCACCAUCGACUGGUCCCGUAUCCUGGACUCGGUGGAGGAUAAUUACAUCGUGCUGAACAAAGAUGACAACGAAGAGUGUGGGGACAUCUGCCCGGGGACCGCCAAGGGCAAGACCAACUGCCCCGCCACCGUCAUCAACGGGCAGUUCGUGGAACGGUGCUGGACUCACAGUCAUUGCCAGAAAGUUUGCCCAACCAUCUGUAAGUCACACGGCUGCACCGCCGAAGGCCUUUGCUGUCACAGCGAGUGCCUGGGCAACUGUUCCGAGCCCGACGACCCCACCAAGUGUGUGGCCUGCCGCAACUUCUACCUGGAGGGCAGGUGCGUGGAGACCUGCCCACCCCCCUACUACCACUUCCAGGACUGGCGCUGUGUGAACUUCAGCUUCUGCCAGGACCUGCACAACAAAUGCAAGAACUCGCGGAGGCAGGGCUGCCACCAGUAUGUCAUUCACAACAACAAGUGCAUUCCGGAGUGCCCCUCUGGAUACACGAUGAAUUCCAGCAACUUGGUGUGCACACCGUGCCUGGGCCCCUGUCCCAAGGUCUGCCACAUUCUGGAAGGCGAGAAGACCAUCGACUCGGUGACAUCCGCGCAGGAGCUCCGAGGAUGCACCGUGGUCAACGGGAGUCUUAUCAUCAACAUCCGAGGGGGCAACAACCUAGCAGCUGAACUAGAAGCCAACCUCGGCCUCAUUGAAGAAAUUUCAGGGUAUCUAAAAAUCCGUCGCUCCUACGCAUUGGUGUCGCUUUCCUUCUUCCGGAAGUUGCAUCUGAUUCGAGGAGAGACCUUGGAAAUGGGGAGCUACUCCUUCUACGCUUUGGACAACCAGAACUUAAGGCAGCUCUGGGACUGGAGCAAACACAACCUCACCAUCACUCAGGGCAAACUCUUCUUCCACUAUAAUCCCAAACUCUGUUUGUCAGAAAUUCACAAGAUGGAAGAAGUCUCAGGAACCAAAGGGCGCCAGGAGAGGAAUGACAUCGCCCUGAAGACCAACGGGGACCAGGCGUCCUGUGAAAAUGAAUUACUUAAAUUUUCUUACAUUCGGACAUCUUUUGACAAGAUCUUGCUGAAAUGGGAGCCAUACUGGCCCCCCGACUUCCGAGACCUCCUGGGCUUCAUGCUGUUCUACAAAGAGGCCCCUUAUCAGAACGUGACAGAGUUCGACGGGCAGGAUGCGUGUGGCUCCAACAGCUGGACGGUGGUGGACGUUGACCCGCCCCUGAGGUCCAAUGACCCCAAGUCACAGAACCACCCUGGCUGGCUGAUGCGUGGUCUCAAGCCCUGGACUCAGUAUGCCAUCUUUGUCAAGACCUUGGUCACCUUCUCAGAUGAACGCCGGACCUACGGGGCCAAGAGCGACAUCAUUUAUGUCCAGACGAAUGCCACCAACCCGUCCGUCCCCCUGGACCCGAUCUCCGUUUCUAAUUCCUCGUCCCAGAUCCUUCUGAAGUGGAAGCCGCCCUCGGACCCCAACGGCAACAUCACGCACUACCUGGUUUUCUGGGAGAGGCAGGCAGAAGACAGCGAGCUGUUCGAGUUGGAUUAUUGCCUCAAAGGGCUGAAGCUGCCCUCGCGGACCUGGUCGCCCCCGUUCGAGUCCGACGACGCGCAGAAGCACAACCAGAGCGAGUACGAGGACGCGGCGGGCGAGUGCUGCACCUGCCCCAAGACGGACUCGCAGAUCCUCAAGGAGCUGGAGGAGUCGUCGUUCCGGAAGACGUUCGAGGAUUACCUGCACAACGUGGUCUUCGUUCCCAGAAAAACCUCUCCAGGCACUGGCGCUGAGGACCCUAGGCCAUCCCGGAAACGCAGGUCUCUUGGCGAAGUCGGGAACGUGACGGUGGCCGCCAUUCCCACCCUCCCCACUUUCCCCAACACCCCGUCAACGAGCGUCCCCACCAGCCCAGAGGAGCACCGGCCGUUCGAGAAAGUGGUGAACAAGGAGUCGCUGGUCAUCUCGGGCCUGCGGCACUUCACGGGCUACCGCAUCGAGCUGCAAGCUUGCAACCAAGAUGCCCCCGACGAACGGUGCAGCGUGGCCGCCUACGUCAGCGCCAGGACCAUGCCUGAAGCCAAGGCUGAUGACAUCGUAGGCCCCGUGACCCAUGAGAUCUUCGAGAACAACGUCGUUCACCUGAUGUGGCAGGAGCCGAGGGAACCCAACGGCCUGAUCGUGCUGUAUGAAGUCAGUUACCGGCGAUAUGGCGAUGAGGAGCUGCAUCUCUGUGUGUCCCGCAAGCAUUACGCGCUGGAGCGGGGCUGCAGGCUGCGCGGGCUGUCGCCGGGGAACUACAGCGUGCGAGUCCGGGCCACCUCCCUGGCGGGCAACGGUUCCUGGACAGAAGCCACCCAUUUUUACGUGACGGACUAUCUAGACGUCCCAUCAAAUAUUGCAAAAAUUAUCAUCGGCCCUCUCAUCUUUGUAUUUCUCUUCAGUGUGGUGAUUGGAAGUAUUUACUUAUUCCUGAGAAAAAGGCAGCCAGACGGGCCGCUGGGACCGCUGUACGCAUCUUCAAACCCUGAGUACCUCAGUGCCAGUGAUGUGUUUCCGUGUUCUGUGUACGUGCCGGACGAGUGGGAGGUGCCCCGAGAGAAGAUCGCCCUCCUCCGAGAGCUGGGGCAGGGCUCCUUCGGCAUGGUGUACGAGGGCAACGCCAGGGACAUCGUCAAGGGCGAGGCGGAGACCCGCGUGGCGGUGAAGACCGUCAACGAGUCGGCCAGCCUGCGGGAGCGGAUCGAGUUCCUCAACGAGGCUUCCGUUAUGAAGGGUUUCACCUGCCACCAUGUGGUCCGCCUCCUGGGGGUGGUGUCCAAGGGCCAGCCGACGCUGGUGGUGAUGGAGUUGAUGGCCCACGGCGACCUGAAGAGCUACCUCCGCUCUCUGAGGCCGGAGGCCGAGAAUAACCCGGGCCGCCCUCCCCCUACCCUGCAAGAGAUGAUUCAGAUGGCGGCGGAGAUCGCUGACGGGAUGGCGUACCUGAACGCCAAGAAGUUCGUGCACCGGGACCUCGCAGCCAGAAACUGCAUGGUCGCUCACGAUUUCACUGUCAAAAUCGGAGACUUUGGAAUGACCAGAGACAUCUACGAAACGGAUUACUACCGGAAAGGGGGCAAGGGCCUGCUCCCCGUACGGUGGAUGGCACCGGAGUCCCUGAAGGACGGGGUGUUUACCGCUUCUUCCGACAUGUGGUCCUUUGGCGUGGUCCUUUGGGAAAUCACCAGCUUGGCGGAGCAGCCUUACCAAGGCCUGUCUAACGAACAGGUGUUAAAAUUCGUCAUGGAUGGGGGAUAUCUGGAUCAACCUGAAAACUGUCCAGAGAGAGUCACCGACCUGAUGCGCAUGUGUUGGCAGUUCAACCCCAAGAUGCGACCGACCUUCUUGGAGAUCGUCAACCUGCUCAAGGACGACCUGCACCCCAGCUUCCCAGAGGUGUCCUUCUUCCACAGCGAGGAGAACAAGGCCCCCGAGAGCGAGGAGCUGGAGAUGGAGUUCGAGGACAUGGAGAGUGUGCCCCUGGACCGGUCCUGUCAGAGGGAGGAGGCGGGGAGCCGGGAGGGAGGGUCCUCGCUGGGCCUCAAGCGGAACUACGAGGAGCACACCCCCUACACCCACAUGAACGGGGGCAAGAAGAACGGGCGGAUUCUGACCCUGCCUCGGUCCAAUCCCUCCUAACGGUGCCGCCCGGGCUGGGGAAGGGGUUCUCUGCGCCCGCUUUCCUCCGGGCCGAACGCCUCCAGAAAACUCAGGUCUCUCACGGCUCUACCACGACGUCGAACGGAGCUCGGAGAUGGUUCCUACGCACUUCUGCUCCCUUGGGACUCCAGGACACGCUGGUCACCGGUCGGAGGAUUUAACUGUGAACCCAGAGGGGGCGUGUUUCCACGGCUGCUGCUCUUUGGGCAAUGACAGUUUCAAACCAGGAUGUCUUCUGUCUCUUUUUUCUCUUCUUUUUCUAGUAGAUCGAAAGAAAGCACCUGUUUUUACAAAGAUUUUUUU